CCAGACUCUGCUCACAAACCAUCCCUUUAACUUGCACUUUAAUUGACAUCUGAGGAAAGCUUAAGAAUGGAAGGAAACCUGCUUGCUGUGUUUCUACUUUUAUUCCUUGGCGCUGUGAAAGAGGUGAAAGUGAGCAAUGUAUGCAAGGAAAACGUAGUGAUUCAGACCAAAACUGCUUGCCAGCCCUGCAUUCUGAAUGCCAAAAUCAGCUGUCCUGCUGGCUACAAAAGAAAUACGCAAGGGAGUGGCACUAGUGAUUGCAGAUAUUACCGUGAAAUAGUUCUACAGACACUGAGUUUUCCUGGCUGUCGCCAUACCUGUAUCAAGGAAGCUGUAGAAACUAAGUGCUGCAAAGGAGCCUGGGGACAAGAUUGCUUAGAUUGCCCAGGAGGAAAGGAAAGUCCCUGUAAUAACAGAGGAACCUGCUCAGAUGGUAUUCAAGGCAAUGGAACCUGCAUGUGUCAGGUAGGAUUUGGAGGUACUGCCUGUGAGAGAUGUGCUGAAGACAAAUUAUAUGGCCCGAACUGCAAUUCAGUCUGUAGCUGUGUCCAUGGUACAUGCAACAGUGGAAUAACAGGAGAUGGGACAUGCACUUGUUAUUCUGGCUACACAGGACCUCAGUGUGACCAAUCUAUCCCGGAAUGUGAAACUAUGGCAUGCCCACAGAAUUCCAGAUGCACCUUACUGAGUACAGGAAGGCUGGCAUGCAUGUGCUUACCAUAUUACACUGGAGAUGGGAAGAAAUGUGAAUUAAUAAACAUAUGUGUAAACAAGGUCUGUGACCCUAAUGCUCAGUGCACUAUGCUUGGACCAAACAAAUACAUCUGUUCCUGCAACAAAGGAUUCACAGGUGAUGGAAAAGUGUGCCUGCCAAUAGAUCCCUGUCAGGAAAACUUUGGGAACUGUCCACCAAAUUCAACUGUCUGCAAAUACGAUGCUCCUGGCAAAGCACACUGUGAAUGCAAGGAUGGAUUUCAGAACCUGAUUCCAGGAAAGGGAUGCACCCUACCAGAUCUCUGCAGGACGAACAAUAACUGUCAUAAAAAUGCUGUGUGUACCACUGAAUUACCAGGAAAAAUUACGUGCACCUGUAAAGAAGGCUAUUCUGGUGACGGCUUUACCUGCUAUGGAAAUAUUAUAGAAAGAAUGAAAGAGCUGAACACAGAAGGACAAUGGCAAGGAAAGUUAUCAUCUGCGAUUGCACUCUUUGACACAGAGUAUGCAUGGCCUCUGAGUAGUCGUGGACCAUUUACGCUGUUUGUGCCAGUGAAUAAUGGCUUCAAAGGAACAACGUUACAAAGCCUCACAGCUGACAAACUAAAAGCAAAGUACUUGGCCAAACUGCAUAUUGUUGCUGGUCAGAUCGAUAUCACAGCAAUAAGAACUAAAGAACCUUUCUACACUUUGACUGGAAAGCAAGGGGAGAUGACCAAAGAAAACAAGGACAGUCAGAUAAUACUUGGACUUUUUGGAAGUACUAAAAAACUGAAGAUUCUUGCAGGGGACAUUAUUGCCUCUAAUGGAGUCCUACACAUUGUGGACAAAGUGAUGGAUAAGGUAGAGCCAUCUCUCCAGAGCAACGAAAAUAAAACAAUACUGGAAAUAUUAGGAGACAAUGGAAGAUAUAAAAAAUUCAGAAUGUUACUACAGGCAACUAAUCUUGCCCAGACACUAGAGCUCCCUGGACCUCAUACUGUCUUUGCUCCAAGUAAUACUGCUAUGGAUGGCUUAGAGAAGGGUAUCUACGAUUUCUUACUGUCAUCUCAGGGUUCAAAAAAGCUUCUGGAACUUGUGCGGCAUCAUAUUGUGCAUUCAGCUGAGAUGGAAGUUGAAAAUGUUAUGUCAUCAAGACAAACUGUCAGCAUGGCAAACCAGGUUAUAAAAUUUAACAUAAGUGCUAAGGGACAAAUCCUAAUAAAUGAUAUUGCAGUGGAAGAAACAGAUGUUGUUGCCAAGAAUGGACGGAUAUAUUCACUAUCAGGAGUCCUUAUUCCUCCUUCAAUUGUACCAAUUGUACCAAAGCAAUGUAAUGAAUCAUCAGCCAAGAUGUGGAUGGGUCAGUGUAAGAAGUGUAAGGAAACUACCACUGGUUUCUGCCCUCCUGGUUCUCAGCCUGCCAAUUCACUUAAGCAUAGCUGUGUUUAUAAGGAAUCUGUAAUGGGCAUGCUGGUUCCAUUUAUCGGGUGCUUGAUGCAAUGCAUACAAACAACACAGAUACUAAAAUGCUGCCCAGGCUUUUAUGGUCCAGUCUGUAACCCAUGUCCAGGGGGUUUUGACAACCCAUGCUCUGGAAAUGGAAAGUGUAUGGAUAAAGACGGUAAUGGUACUUGCAUCUGCAAUAAGAAUUUCAAAGGAUCAAGUUGCCAGUUCUGCUCUAGAAAUAACAUGUUUGGACCCAAAUGUGAUCAAGAAUGCCCCUGCCUUCAUGGAGAGUGUGACAACAGACCAGAGAGUGAUGGCUCUUGUAAGCCAGGAUCUUGUGAGGCUGGCUAUGCAGGAAAAUUCUGUGACAUGCAGACAAGGCCAUGUGGGACAUUCAUAGACUUCUGCCAUGCACGAGCAGAUUGUACAUUUGAUAAUGGUGCACCCCGAUGCGUGUGCCAACAUGGUUAUGAAGGAGAUGGCAUAACAUGUAUAAAGGCCAGGCCUUGCUCUUCCAUUCAGAGAGGUAGAUGCAGUGCUAAUGCAGAAUGUAUUAACACAGGCCUUGGAAAUCAUACCUGUAAGUGUUUACCAGGGUGGACAGGUGAUGGGUAUGACUGCAUUGAAAUCAAUAACUGCUUGACUGAAAAACGAGGAGGUUGUCAUGCAAAUGCAAGCUGCAUUUAUAUAGGUCCUGGACAAAGUACUUGUGAAUGCAAUACUGGAUUUCGAGGGACUGGAAUUGAAUGUGAAACAAUUGACCCUUGUAUAGAACAACAAGUCAAUUGCCACUUUUUGGCUCUGUGCUUUAAUGAUUCUCCUGGAACAUGGCAAUGCCUUUGUCCUCAAGGAUAUUCCGGUGAUGGCAGCAUAUGUUACAGCAAUGCAGCAAAUGAACUGUCUUACCUCUCAGAAGCUAAUCGAUUCAAAAAAUGGCUAGAGACUGCAGGUUUAAUCCAAACUCUUAAAGAACCUGGAAAUCUAACUGUUCUUGUACCUUCCCUAAGUGCCAUAGCAAAUAUGGACAAAGAUGAGCAGGCCUUCUGGACAUCCGAACAAAACUUGGGAACUUUAAUAAAAUACCACAUCUUAACAAAUACAUAUAAACUUGCAAAUCUGGUGAAUAUGUUUUCUUCAAACUCACAACUGGCGACAUCAUUACAUGGCAACUUCCUCAGUAUUACUAAAGAAAAUGAGAGCAUAGCAAUUCAUGGUGCGAAUAUAGUCGUUGGUGACGUGGCAGCAACAAAUGGAGUGAUACAUGUUAUUGAUAAGGUCCUGAUACCCCCUCAGCUUAUGAGCAGCUCUGUACCUGACCUGCUAACUCGACUGGAACAGAUACCUGAAUACUCCAUUUUCAGAGGUUACAUAAUUCAAUACAGUUUGGCCACAGGAAUUGAGAGUGGAGAUGGGUACACAGUAUUUGCACCAUCAAAUGAUGCCAUUCAGAAUUUCGUGCAGCAGAAAAGAACUGCAACUUUGGAUGAAGACACAAUGAAGUACCAUGUAAUUGUUGGUGAAAAACUUAUGCAACAGGAUCUGCAUAAUGGGAUGCAUCGAGAAACCAUGCUUGGAUUUUCAUAUCAAGUGGGCUUUUUUCUCAGAGAUACACAGCUUUUCAUAAAUGAUGUUCCAAUAAAUUACACAAAUCUAGAAACUGAUAAAGGAGUCAUUCAUGGCAUUGGAAGUGUUCUGGAAAUUCAGAAGAACAGAUGUGAUGUCAAUGACACUACCAUUGAACUGGGAAAGUGUACAACCUGUCAGAAUCCACCUGUUUGCCCUCCAGGAACUGUACCUCUGGUAGGAGAAAAAACGUCCUGCCUUUUCACAUUGUAUCUCCUGGGAACGAGGGUAAUGUACCUUGGAUGCAGAGCAAAAUGUGUGAAAACAAUAAUUAGCAGAGACUGUUGCUCUGGUUUUUAUGGUGAGCAGUGUCAGUCAUGUCCUGGAAAACCGGGAAAUCCUUGCUUUGGAAAUGGAAUCUGCCAAGAUGGCAUAAAUGGAACAGGACUAUGUGAAUGUGAAGAAGGUUUUGAAGGAACAGCAUGUGAGUCUUGCAUUAAAGGACGGUAUGGAUCAAACUGUGAUCAAGAGUGUACAUGUGUCAAUGGGAAGUGCAGUGAGUCCAUUGAAGGAGACGGAUCCUGUGACUGUGACAUAAGUUGGAGAGGUGUGACAUGUGAAACUAAAAUCACAGGAGAUAACUGCAAUUCAACAUGCCAUACAAGUGCCAAUUGCCUGAUUGACACUGAUGGGAGAUGGUACUGCAAGUGUGCAGCUGGAUUUAAAGGAAAUGGCACAAGCUGUGCAGUUAUGAAUGCAUGUGAGACCAGUAAUGGUGGUUGUUCAGAAAAUGCAGACUGCAAAAGAACAACCCCUGGAAACAGACAGUGUAUUUGUAAAGCAGGCUACACUGGAGAUGGAAUUGUGUGUAUAGGAAUUAAUCCUUGUCUGGAGAAUCACGGAGGAUGUGAUACACAUGCUGAAUGUACUCAAACUGGCCCUAAUCAGGCAGCAUGCAACUGCAUGCAAGGAUACACAGGAAAUGGCAAGACAUGUACAUCCAUCAACCCUUGUGAAACUGAAAAUGGUGGCUGCAGUGAAAAUGCUAUCUGCAAUCACACAGGACCAUCAGAGAGAAGCUGUGAAUGUAAAACGGGAUUUAUUGGAGAUGGGAUCAAGUGUCGAGGGAAUGUUGCCAAGGAGUUAGCAGAGGAUUCACGUACAUCUCACUUCUUUCUGCAGAUUGUGGCUGCUAAAAUGAAUGAUAUUACAGGACCAGGUCCUUUUACAGUCUUUGUCCCCAGUCAAGAAGCUUUCAUCGGUGAACCAUCAGUAUCACAGUGGAAAAAGACAGGACAAAUGGCACAAAUCCUUCGUUAUCACAUAGUCGGAUGCAGACAACUACUGUUCAAUGAACUGAUGUCAAUGAAAACAAACAUCACUACCCUUCAUGGGGAUGUCAUUACACCCUCAUAUGUUCAGAAUUCAUUGUUUUUGAAUGGCAAGGCAAAGAUCAUAGCUAGUGAUUAUAUCACUACGAAUGGAAUAAUACACAUCAUUGACAAGGUUCUUGUUCCCCCAAAUCUGAAGGAUGUACCGAGCAAAAAUUUGGAUAACUUCACAAAAGUAGCAGAAAACAAUGGAUAUAUGGUGAUAAGUAAACUGUUCCAGGAUGCAGACCUGCUGAAAGAAAUUACUAAUCCUCUUCAUAUUCCAGUCACUGUUUUCUGGCCUACAGAUAAGGUCAUCAACUCGUUACCCAAAGAACAGAAAGAUUUCCUAUAUAACAAAGACAACAAGAAACAGCUCCAAGAAUACUUAAAGUAUCACAUCAUUAGAGAUGCCAAGAUCACAGCUUCAGAUCUUCCUAACACCAAUUCACUAACUACAUUCCAAGGAUCAAAUCUCACUGCUGAGUGUGGAAAGAAGGACAACAUUGGUGAUCUGUACCUGAAUGAAAGGAAAUGCAAAAUUAUACAAAGACAUAUUGAGUUCAAUGGUGGAAUUGCAUAUGGAAUUGAUUGCUUGCUGACACCUCCGAGCAUUGGUGGUCGAUGUGAUAUUACAUUUGCUACUGAAAUACCGGGAACUUGUGGUGCAUGUUACAACAUUCCUCCAUGCCCACCCACAAGCAAACCGACGGAAGAAACAAAGAAGUGUACAUAUGUUCUGCCCUUCAGCAGAAAGACUACAAAUGGUUGUCAACGAGUGUGCAAUCUAUUUGUUUGGAAGCCUAAAUGCUGCGACAAUUACUUUGGACCUAACUGUCAAGCUUGCCCGGGAGGACCUGAGACACCGUGCAACAACCAUGGCACCUGUGACAGUGGGUAUUCAGGAACAGGCGAAUGCAAAUGCAAUCCUGGAUUCAAUGGCACUGCAUGUGAACUUUGCCAGCCUGGAAGAUUCGGUUCUGAGUGCAAACGUUGUGACUGCACUGAGAAUGGUCAGUGUGAUGAAGGUUAUGAUGGGACAGGAGCCUGUAGUUGUAACAGUGGAUGGACAGGACAAAGAUGUGAAUCAAAACAAGCUGAGGUACCAGUAUGUUCACCAGCAUGCUCUCCUAAUGCCAUGUGCAGGCCAAACAACACAUGUGAAUGCAAGCCAUAUUUUGAGGGAGACGGCAUCACUUGUAAACUUGUUGACCACUGUAAGCAGAACAAUGGAGGUUGUCCCAAGACUUCUCUCUGCUUCCAGAGUGGAGUUAAAGUUUCAUGCCAAUGUCAGAGUGGAUACAGUGGUGACGGCUACAACUGUAUGCCAAUCAAUCCAUGCAUAGACGGAAACAAUGGUGGCUGCCAUGAACACGCUACUUGUAUGAUGACAGGGCCAAAUAAACGUACCUGUGAAUGUAAGGAUGGUUUCAUUGGAGAUGGAGUUAAUUGUACUGUGAAGGAGACCCUCACUAAUCGCUGCUUACUGGACAAUGGACAGUGCCAUGCUAAUGCAAACUGUACUGACCUACACUUUGAAGACAGUACUGUUGGAGUAUUUCAUGUACAGUCUCCUAAAGGACAGUACAAGUACACGUAUGAUGAAGCUGUUGAGGCUUGUAAAAAUGAAGAUGCCAAAUUAGCGACAUACAACCAACUGGCAUAUGCACAACAGGCUGGAUUUCAUUUGUGUUCUGUAGGUUGGUUAGAUGAACAGAAAGCGGCAUACCCAACUGCCUACUCUAGCCAAAACUGUGGAUUUGGGAAAGUUGGCAUCAUUGAUUAUGGGAUUCGGAUCAACUUGAAUGAAACCAGAGAUGCCUUCUGUUAUAGAAUGAAAGACGUCCAGUGUACCUGUAAAUAUGGUUAUGUUGGUGAUGGCUAUUCCUGUAGUGGCAACAUGCUGCAAGUCCUGAUGUCUUUCCCUACAUUCAACAAUUUCCUGUCAGAAAUCCUGAUGUAUUAUGACACAUCACCAAAAGGCAAGCAGUUCAUGAGCCAGCUCACGAACCUAACCCUCCAAGCGACACUUUUUGUACCUGACAAUGUGGCACUAAACGAAAAUAAGACUCUUUCAGGGCGGGACAUUGAGUAUCACAUUUCCUUCUCCAAAACAGUGUACCUCGAUGAUAUGGAAAAUGGCACUGUUCUUUCAACACCAAUAGGACAUAAACUUCUAAUAACAAUGGAUCCAGACCAGGAGUCUUCCUCACCUGAGAACAAAACAAGGUAUGUAAAUGGAAAGACAAUUGUCAACUGGGAUUACAUUGCAUCGAAUGGAAUUAUCCACGUGAUAUCAGAGCCAUUAAUAGCUCCACCAGAACCACCAAGCGCUAUUCAUGCUGGUAUUGGAUUAGGAAUCUUCGUUGGAGUUGUGAUUCUUAUCAUAGUCUUACUCUUGGUCGGAUACUACUACUACAGGAAUAACAAAGGACUCUUUCACUUCCGUUACUUUAAGGAGACUGAUGAACAGCAGCUGGUUGAAAAUGAAACGUAUGAUGAAAUGUGAAUACCCAGAGCCUAUAGCAGAUAUUUUUGACUGUAAAAAACAAUAUUCAUGCAAUCUGCAAUGGCUCAGUAAAACCAUGAUACUGUACAACUAGAUGGACAGUGAAUAUACUGGACUAGAAUGAAAUGAGCCUUUGUCUCCUGUUUAAAUGUGAACUGGACUGUCUGCUCUUUUGCCUUUUUUCUGCAUGCAUACCCUAAACUAUAACACUACUGCUGUUACAGAGAUGAAGAAAAAACAUCCUUGAUGUGCUGUAAUCCAUGUUGAAGCAAAUGGUGUUUUAAUAGUGUGUUCAUGUCAUGCAGCUCCAUUGUGAGCAAACCCUUUCAUUUUUGGAAGGACUACUACUUCAUUCUUUUAAAUCAGUCCCUACAUUUCGUUACAGACAUUACAGAACAAAAUCUCUGCCUUUUUGCAGCUCUGAGAAUCACAUCACUCACCGGACUUUCUAAUGCUGACAUAAAAUGUGCACCAAAAGUAGAACCUGUUGAGUAUUCGAACUGACUGGACUGGAAUGCCUUCAGAUUUGCUUCGGUUAAGCAUUGCUCAUUAAGGAUUUCUUUAUAGAAGCUGCAAAGGAUUUGCUGGUGAAUCAGUAGUGGACAUUUUGCAGCCUUUUUGUUUCUGUUACAUAUACAGCAUUGGUAAAGACAAAUACUUGCAGUAAAUUACCAUUAAUUCUGAAAAACACAGACUCUGCAUGUAGACAAAAAAAAAUUAAAUGUAUUCCAAAAACUUUCCAACCAGCCUAUGCAGACUGCUCAGCAGAGCUCCUGCAGUUGUUAUCUGUAAGUGAUGCAGAUGGUUGUUGGUAGAGCAUCAUAACAUGUAAUAAAAUAAAAGCUAGUCUUAGAAUCCAAGAACAACAUCAACCAUCAGAAGAAAAAUAAAUAAAUCUGGACAUUUCCUGUUGAUUUGUUAAUGAAAGGGCCACUUCAGUUUCCUAGGUGACUGCACAGCUAGAUUCUAGAUGUGACAUUCUGUGAUGAGUUCUUUUGAAACAAGUCCUAAAACACACACACUCAUACACAUAAUACAUAGUAAAUGUGCUGGCCUGUUUUGAUUACUUGAUGUAUAAAAUGUUACAGUAAAAUUGCAUUGCAUUUUCAUUGUCACUCUGUACAGAUUAUUUGCCAUUUGCAGCGACAUGCAGUGAUGGCCAAACAGCAUUACAUUUAUCUAAAGAAGACUUUCAGAUGAAAUAAAAAGCAACAAACUAACAUUACAUACUGACCCAAUACCAUGGAACAAACAACUUUGUGCCUUGUCCAAAGCUGUUAUGCCUCCUGCAUUGUCCAGAGCCAGAAACUAAGUAGCACUUUAUCUUCAAUUCCUACCU